AUGACAAUUAGUAAACUAUUUGAAAACACAAAAGAUGCCAAAUUUAGUAGACCCAGGCGAGAGACAAAGAUUACGAAAGAAAAGCGAAUUCUUCGAAUUCAAGAAUGGGAUAUUGUACAAGAAAGAUC